CACGCGCGCGGCUCACCGCUGUCAGGGCUCGGCACGGCGACAGUAUGGCGGCGGGCUGCUGCUGGAAGGAUGCUGCUGUCGCCUCUGUGCUUUCUGCUGCCUCCGGCAUGUGAGCGGACCCUCGGCGGCGAGUGGAAAGUCGACGACGAGAGAGGCCCGUGGCCGUGAACAGCGAGGAUGGCCAGACUCGCGGAUUAUUUCGUGGUGGUGGGAUACGAUCUCGACAAGAGAGGGGGAAGUGAGGGUCAAGGCCGGAUUCUCCAGCGAUUCCCAGAGAAAGACUGGGAGGAUAACCCCUUCCCCCAGGGCAUUGAGCUAUUCUGCCAGCCCAGUGGAUGGCAGCUGGUUCCCGAAAGGCUGCCCGCCUCCUUCUUUGUGGCUGUGCUCACAGACAUUAACUCGGAGCGCCAUUACUGUGCCUGCUUCACUUUCUGGGAGACUGUAGAGAACCCUCAGCUGCAGAAGGAAGAGCCCAGCGAGGCUGAUGAGGACGAGACGCCUGAGCUCCUCCAGCCAGCACAGCUCUAUGCCCCCAAGAGUCUGGUGCUGGUGUCCCGCCUGGACCACACCGAGGUGUUCAGGAACUGCCUAGGACUUAUCUACACCGUUCAUGUGGAUAGCCUUAACGUUCCCUUGGAAACGGUCAUUGGGAACCUCCUAACCUGCGUCAUUCCCAUCGCUGGAGGGUCUCAGAUAAAUGAUCCCCCAGUCUGUAGUUUAUCUGACUGGCUUCUGGGUUGUUUCCAGCCAGACCAGGAGGACAGAGAGGAAGGCUUGAGGACCAUCACCUUGGGGGCAGGAGAUAGACAGGUCAUCCAAACGCCCAUUAACGACUCCCUCCCUGUGAGUGGUUGCAGCGUGGCUCAGCUCUUCAGGCAACUCGGCAUAGUGAACGUUCUGUGUCUGUUCUGUGCUGCUCUGACCGAGCACAAGAUCCUCUUCCUGUCCAAGAGCUACCAGCGGCUCACCGAUGCCUGCAGAGCCCUGUUGGCCAUUAUGUUCCCACUCAAAUACAGUUUCACCUAUGUCCCCAUCCUGCCUGGUAAGCUGCUGGAAGUCCUCAGCACACCGACGCCCUUCAUCAUCGGGGUCAACUCCUUCUUCCGCUCGGAGACGCAGGAGCUGUUGGAUGUGAUCAUUGCGGAUCUGGACGGCGGCACUGUGACCAUCCCGGAGUGUGUCCACAUAUCUCUGCUGCCUGAGCCUCUUCUGCAGCACACGCAGACGGUCCUUUCCAUGGUCCUGGAUCCAGAGCUAGAGGUGGCGGACUAUGCCUUUCCCCCUUCCUCCACCCAGCCCUCCGCUCUCAGGAUCCAGGAUAAGGAGAUCCGUGCUGUGUUCCUGUGGCUGUUUGCCCAGCUUUUCCUGGGCUACCGCUGGUGUCUGCAUAUCAUACGCAUCCACCCAGAACCUGUCAUCCGCUUUCAUAAGGCUGCCUUUCUUGGCCAUAGGGGUCUGUCUGAGGAUGACUUCCUGAUGAAGGUGCUGGACGGCAUGGCGUUUGCAGGUUUUGUGUCCGAGAGAGGCGCUCCCUACAGGACCACAGACCUGUUUGAUGAUCUCAUUGCCAACCAAGUGGAGCGUAUCCGGCAGGAGCAAGGCGAUCCCCACAAAGUGAUGAACCACAUAAAGGAACUGGCCGAGCAUCUCUUUAAAAACGAGAACCCAUACCCGGCAGUGGCGAUGCACAGAGUGCAGCGGCCAGCGGACAGCCCACAUUCUCGGUCUCAUGCCUCCCAGGCUUUGUUUCCUCAGUUGGAUGACGUGGCCGUUCAGCUGUUCAUAGACCAUGCAGCCGCCAAGCUCAAAACGGCCCCUCCUGUAGUCAAGGCUGAGUUGAAGGAGAUGGUGCCCUCUGGACCUCCACUGGCUGACACUGUUGACAAGAAUGGCAGUGUCCUGGCUAACAGUGCCCGGAGACUAGAGGUGGUCAGGAACUGUAUCAAUUACAUCUUUGACAACAAAAUGCUGGAGGCAAAGAAGCUGAUGCCGGCAGUGUUGCGGGCGCUGAAAGGACGCGCGGCACGCGUGUGCUUAACUCAGGAGCUGAACCAGCAUGUGCUGCAGAACAGAGCGGUACUGGAUGACCAGCAGUUCGACUACAUUGUCCGCAUGAUGAACUGCACUUUGCAGGACUGCUCUCACAUAGAUGAACAUGGCAUCGCAGCAGCUUUACUGCCCCUGGUCGCUGCCUUCUGCAGGAAACUUGGUGGAGGAAUCACACAGUUUGCCUACAGCUGUGUACAGGAGCAUAUGGUGUGGACCAACAUGCAGUUUUGGGAAGCCAUGUUUUACAGUGACGUGCAGAACCAUAUCAGAGCACUCUACCUGGAGACCGAGGAUGGAGGAGCACCUGAUGAGGAGGGUACGAGUGGGUUGAAGCAGGUGAGUGCUCUGGAGCUUGCAUCCGAGCAGACGCGUCUGUGGCCCACGCUGACUAAGGAGAGUCAGCAGGAGCGUGUACAGAAGGAGGAGAGCACGGUCUUCAGCCAGGCCAUCCACUACGCUAACCGCAUGAGCUACCUGCUCUUGCCACUCGACACCAGCAAGAACCGCCUGCUGCGCACCACCGGCCUGGCCGACGUGGAGAGUGUUAGCAACAGCUAUGUCACUAACAGCAUCGCGGGCAGCAUGGCAGAGAGCUACGACACUGAGAGCGGCUUCGAGGAUGCAGAGAGCUCCGACGUGGCCAACUCUGUGGUGCGCUUCAUCAACCGCUUUGUGGACAAAGUGUGCAAUGAAAGUGGGGUGACCAAUGAACAUCUGAAGGCCCUUCACACCAUGAUACCAGAUAUCGUACAGAUGCACAUCGAGACGUUGGACGCAGUCUAUAGAGAAAGCAAGAGACUGCCUCCCAUCCAAAAGCCCAAGCUCCUGAGGCCCACACUGCUGGCAGGCGAGGAGUUUGUGAUGGAUGGAAUGCGGGUCCACCUAGUUUCAGAUGGCCGUGAGGAGGCCACGGGUGUGAUGGGUGGUCCUCCCUUGUUGCCUGCUGAGGGAGCCAUUUUCCUCACCACAUACCGCAUCAUCUUCAAGGGCAUGUCGAUCGACCCUCUGGUCGGAGAGCAGGUGGUGACGCGCUCCUUCCCCAUCGCCUCUCUCACUAAAGAGAAGAAGAUUUCAGUUCAUAUCCCAAUGGACCAGUUCAUCCAGGAGGGUCUUCAGCUACGUUCUUGUACCUUUCAGCUGAUGAAGAUAGCGUUUGACGAGGAGGUGGCGUCAGACCUGGCUGAGGUGUUCCGGAAGCACAUGCACAAACUCCGCUACCCACAGCAUGUACAGGGCACCUUUGCCUUCACCGUGGGUCAGUCGGCCAAGCUGGUGGUGGAACACAAGACCAAGGACAAGAACCAGUCACUAAAAACCCUCUCCAAAAACCUGGUGAAAAGUGCUAAGCGGACCAUCGGACGGCAAUACGUGACCCGGAAGAAGUACACUCCUCCAACCUGGGAGAACCGUAGCAGCCUGCAGUCUGAAAUGGACGAGGACGAGAUCUCAGUGUCUGAGGAGCUAGAGCAGAGUGCACUCACGCUUUCCUCCACCAUCCGCUCGUCUGACCGCCAGACCAUGAGCAAUGUGGUGGAACGGGCCUGUUGUCGUGACUACCAGCGGCUGGGUUUGGGCACGCUCAGUAACAGCCUUACACGCUCCAAGAACGAGCCGUUUCGCAUCUCCACAGUCAACCGCAUGUACACCGUCUGCAGGAGUUACCCAGGCCUGCUGAUUGUGCCUCAGAGCAUCCCGGACUCCACUAUCCAGCGCAUCUCCCGCUGCUACCGCCAGAACCGCUUCCCUGUGGUGUGCUGGAGGAACUCCCGCACAAAAGCUGUGCUGCUGAGAUCUGCCGGCCUGCAUGCCAAGGGAGUGGUGGGCUUCUUCAAGUCCCCCAACGCCCCUUCUGCAGGACCAUCCCAAGCUGACUCAACUAGUCUGGAGCAGGAGAAGUACCUGCAGGCCAUCAUCAGCUCCAUGCCCUCCUACAACGAGGCCAGCGGCAGGAACACCCUCAGUGGCUUCACAUCCACACACAUGAGCACCUCAGACUCAUCAGACAAACUGAGGCAACCUAAAAUUGGAGUUCUUAUGAAGCAAGUUUUGGGCACGAAAGAGGACCUGCCUGGAACCUUCAGUCGAGGAGCGCUGGGUCAGAGGGCAAGGGUCAUCUCCCUCUCUCAGACUAAAGUUUCAGGCAAGGCCCGUGGCUCACCAAGAGGGAAGUGGGGCAGUAUCCGGGGCAGCGGGCGUCUCAGUGCCUACAAUCCAGAUGUGGGGAACCGGCUGGCAGGGAAGGAGUCACCCCAGGCCAACGGCGGCCCUGCCGAACCCUACUUCCUCCGGCAGCAACGUGCAUACCUCUAUAUCAUCGGAGACAAGUCCCAGCUCAAGGGAGGAAAGCAGGACUCCUUCCAGCAGUGGGAGGUGGUGCCUAUCGAAGUGUUUGACGUGCGGCAGGUGAAAAAUAGCUUUAAGAAGCUAAUGAAGGCCUGUGUACCCUCCUCGCCCUCCAGUGAGCCCAACAUGUCUUUCCACCGCUGCCUGGAGGAGUCCGAUUGGAUGAACCUGCUGCAUAAGGUUCUACAAGUGUCUGUUCUUGUGGUGGAGCUGUUGGCCACUGGUUCUUCAGUCAUGGUGAGCCUGGAGGAUGGAUGGGACGUCACAACGCAGGUGGUGUCUCUGGUGCAGCUUCUGUCAGAUCCGUAUUAUCGCACAUUUGAUGGCUUCCGGCUACUGGUGGAGAAAGAGUGGCUGUCCUUCGGCCAUCGCUUCAGUCACCGCGGUGCUCAGACGCUGGCCAGCCAAAGCAGUGGUUUCACACCAGUCUUCCUCCAGUUUCUCGACUGCGUGCACCAGAUCCAUCUUCAGUUCCCCAUGGAAUUUGAGUUUAGUCAGUACUACCUUAAGUUCCUGGCCUAUCACUAUGUAUCCAAUCGCUUCCGGACCUUCCUGCUGGACUCCGACUACGAACGUAUUGAGCUUGGGGUCUUGUAUGAAGAGAAGGGAGAGAGGAGAACCCCUCAAGUCUGCAAGUCUGUAUGGGAUUACAUUGACCGCCUGCACAAGAAGACUCCCAUCUUCUACAACUACAUGUUCUCUCCAGAGGAAGAGGAGGUCCUAAGGCCCUACAGCUUCAUCUCUAACCUGAAGGUGUGGGACUUCUACACGGAGGAGACGUUGUCGGAGGGGCCGUCAUAUGACUGGGAGCUGGUGCGAGGGAGACCUGAGGGGCACACCGAAGAUACAGCAACUGAUAGGCCCGAAACGGCAGCGCCCAAGUCACAGCGGCGCGUGGUCUGGCCCUGCUACGAUAGUCUGAGUAAAGUGCUGCCAGAUGCCAUCACCAAACUACUACAGGAUGUGCAUAACCUCGAGGCCGAACUGGGACACGUCUCUGAGAAGUGGAAGGACACCUGGGACAAGAUCAAGACUACCCAAAGGACUGAGACCAAACUGGAAAGCCGGCACUCGUUCUCCAGCUCGCUCCUAAUGUCAUCUAACCUAAUCCACCAGAGGCGCUCACAGGGUAUGUACCUGCAGGAGAGCGGUGUGGGCUCCUCCAUCAACCUGGCCUUGGACUGCGAGGCCAGUGCCACCUCCACACCUGCCUCUGGCCGUCCCAGCACCAGCAACCUCUACUCCCAGUUUCAGAGCACUGAGAGUGAGAACCGGAGCUAUGAGGGAAUCUUGUUCAAGAAAGGAGCACUGCUGAAACCUUGGAAACCACGCUGGUUUGUGCUGGACAAGACCAAACAUCAGUUGAGAUACUACGAGACGAGGCAGGAUAAAGAAUGCAAGGGUGUUAUUGAACUGGCUGAGGUGGAAUCUGUCAUUCCGGGCACACCUGCAAUGGGAGCCCCUAAAAACGUAGAAGAGAAAGCCUUCUUUGAUUUGAAAACGACCAAACGAGUGUACAACUUUUGCGCGCAGGACAGCCAGAAUGCACAGCUGUGGAUGGACAGUAUUCAGAGUUGCCUAUCUGACGCGUAGAAGGAGAGGCUCUGUGGAGGAGAGACUAUUAGUACUGAAAGGAUAUCUGCUGGGCUCCCUGAUGGACAUGGCUCUUAGCCAAUGACAGGGCUCGUCCAGCAGAGAUAGAAACGGGGUGUCGGCCUCCAUUGAGUGUUGGCGAUAUUGAUCUUAAAAGAAAAGGUUGCACCUCACCACAUUUCAGUGUUUUUGUUUAAAAAAUGUGUAUAAAAAGUAAAAAAAAAAACAAUCUAAGAAUCCCUUCAGAGACAUUUGUUGCUCACAGUCUUUUGUCAGCGUUAGUACUCUAACCACUAUACACCCCCCUGGAUGUUCUGUUGUGCAAGGCAUGAUGUCACUCUUUUUGGGGUCUUAUGGACUACAUCUCUCCAUACAAGUCAAACGUGAGGCUCCGGCAUGCCCAGCUACAGCUAGUCUUCCUCCUGUCGUCCCCCUCCAACAUACUGCCAACUAAACGAAUGCUAUGCAGGGCCCUGAACUCGCCCAGUUAAGAGCCACAACCAAGAAUCUGCCUGCCCUAAAGUUCUCCUACUGCACAUAUAUAUGCGAUUUCAGCUGUACACUGUCACCGUAAGUUAAUUUGGAUUCAGUUUUCUGAGCUACAUUCAGCCAAUCAGGCCUUGGCUUGUUUAGCACACCCACUGCCCUGUCGUCUAAUUGGUUGGCAAAAUUCUCCCCUCUCUGACCGAUCCCACUCAUCACAUUCCUUGGCCUUAUGCUUGUCAAAGCAUGGUGUCCUUUCAAUGGUUCAUGAAGGAUCUAUUCAGUUAACUGGUUUCAUGUACAGUGAAAAUAAUAUCAGUCCACGAUUUGCUGACAUUAUGUAUACUAUAAUAAACACUUAUCCUCUUGCUCAGUUUAUCAGAAUGCCAUCUGGAGAUUAUGUUCUCAGAUUAGCCUGUUUACAAAACUACACAAGGUUCUUACCCGUUUUGGUUUCUCCCUGGUAAACAAUAAGAACCGCUGUCUGUGUUGAGAAUUUAAGGGAUGCUAAAGGAAAAGGAGGGAUAUAUUUUGUUGUGAUAAUUUAUGCACAAAAAAAAGUUUGUUUUUUUUAAAGGUGAGAUGCAAAUGAACAGGGGGAUGGUGGAUAGAGGGGUAUCUGGAGCCUCUCUGUUUCAACAAGUGUCUGUUUACAUCGGUCAGUGGACAGCGGCCUGGCUGUCAUGACAACUGAGCCCUAUUUUGUAUCUAUAAAGAUCAGAUUACCAGGUCUCAGUUAAUAGCCGUAUUUCAAUUGUUUCAUUUGAGCAGUUAUAGUUUACUGGACCUUGUCUAUUGAGCUCACACUUCUCACUCAAGUAGCUGUUACUGUUUAGCCGAAUUUCAGACCCUCAGUAUAAUCUGUCUAACCCGUUUCCUCCCCAAUGAAUAGGACUGCUAUUAUAAGGCUCAAUGUCAUGUACAGCCAGUCGGUUCUCCAGGCCCUGUCGUUGUCAGAACCAGUGUUUUUAGCUAGAGUCUGUUCUGUUUUGAAUCUUGUACAUAGAGGAGUUUAUGUCUGUAUUAUUCCUUUAGAAAGAGAGAGAGAGAGUGAGAGAGAGUCUAUUUAGCUGAACUUGGUAAAGAUGCAAAGUGUCACUUCCUGUUUAUUUUUUAUUCUCCUCCACCAGUUUUGUGAUCCCGGAUACAGAAAACUAACACACAUAUAUACAAACACACUGUAAAAUAGGGUAAUACCGCUGUCUUGUUGAACAUAAAAAUUUGAAUUGUAGAUUUUUUUUUUUGUUCUGAUAACUCCCUUUGUAUAUAAUAUUCAGAUUUAUAUGUUUGUUAGUAAUUUAUUUAACUUUGUCUCCUGAAUAUGACAGUCCUCAGAGCACCACUUAACUUCUCAAUGAUUAGAAACUCCAAUAUGUGCCAUUGUUUAUUUUUUUUUCCUGCAUUAACGUGACUAAUGAUUUUUUUUUUUUUUUUUUUUUUUUUUUGAAAACUUCAUAUACGUCUCAAAUAAAUCCUCAAUGCUCUUUUUUUUCUAACAUGGUGGUCCUCUCCCAGCGUUUGUCUCCUGGGACUAUUUGACGUCAUAU